GGGCUCGGCGGGCCGCAUGAGUCGGGACGGCAUGCCGCAGCCCGGCGCGUGGCCGGGCGCUAGCUGCGCCGAGAGCGCGGCGCGGGAGGGCGGGAAGGCGGCGGCGCGGUGCCCGGCCGAGCACGAGGAGGACAUGUACCGUGCCGCAGAUGAAAUAGAAAAGGAGAGAGAAUUGCUUAUACAUGAAAAAGGGGCAUCAGAACCCAGAUUAAGUGUGGCUCCUGAAAUGGAUAUCAUGGACUAUUGCAAAAAAGAAUGGCGGGGACAUACGCAGAAAGCGACGUGUAUGAGAAAGGGCUACGAGGAGGUUUCUCAGAAAUUCACCUCCAUCCGGAGAGUCCGUGGAGAUAACUACUGCGCUCUGAGGGCCACGCUGUUCCAGGCAAUGAGCCAGCUGGUGGAGCUGCCCCGCUGGCUGCAGGACCCCGAGCUCACACUGUUACCAGAAAAACUCAUAAGUAAAUACAGCUGGAUCAAGCAGUGGAAACUUGGACUGCAGUUUGAUGGGAACAGCGAGGACCUGGCUGGCAGAAUCACAGCGUCUCUCGCUUUGCUGAGGAAGAAGUGGGCAGGCUUGGCUGAAAUGAGAACUUGUGAAGCAAGGCAGAAAGCAUGUGAUGAGCUGUUCACAAAUGAGGAGGAGGAGUACAGCCUGUAUGAAGCUGUCAAAUUCCUGAUGCUAAACAGAGCCAUUGAACUGUACGAUGACAAAGAGAGGGGAAAAGAGGUACCAUUUUUCUCUGUGCUUCUGUUUGCCCGGGACACAUCAAAUGACCCUGGACAACUGCUGAGGAACCACCUGAACCAGGUGGGACACACUGGUGGCCUUGAACAGGUGGAGAUGUUCCUUCUUGCCUAUGCUGUUCAGCACACCAUCCAGGUGUACCGGCUCUCCAAGUACAACACGGAGGAGUUCAUCACCGUCUAUCCCACGGACCCGCCUCCGGAUUGGCCGGCGGUGACCCUCCUGACCGAGGAUGAUCGGCACUACAAUGUCCCCGUCCGAGUGUGUGAGGAGACGAGUCUGUGACCGCUGCCCUGCACCUGCACUGCCUGGACUGGCGGAGCUGUCCACGCAGUCCCCUGCUGGGACCUCAGGGACAGGCUGGGGACACUGGGCCCUUGGUGGCUGUGCCGGCCGGGCUCCUCUGCAGACUUUGCCCUUGUGUGGGAUGCAGUAUGUUUUGGGGUCAGGGUGGGUCUGUCCGCACACACCUGCUGGAAGGUGCAAACAGCAUCUUCCUAAUGGGGCAAGUACCUUUAUAUCAGAGGAGACUCACUUUGGAGAGGAACAAAUUUCUUAUGUCUCAAAUCAAAACUGUAAUAGUGAAAUGCUUUUAAUUUUCUUUUUAAAGACAUACUUUGUUUUAUGUUUUGGUGGUCAUGGGUGUCUAGUUCCACAGCUGUACAGUCAGCUUAAGUGGUACAAUUCUGGUGGAUCUGUUAGGGACACAGUCAUAACAUUCUCUGAAAGUCCCGUUUUUGAAAGAGGAGUUGCUUGAGUUUACAUUUUAAGGUCACUUUAAACAGAUUGUGAAGAUUGAGGAUUAUGUGCACAAGGGAGUCACGUGAGGGCUGGAAGAGCGUGGGAGCGUGUGGUGAUGGAACGUGGAACUUGGCACAGCGGGUCAGUGUGACAGGUGUCUGUCCCCCGUGCACCUGAGAGUGAGCGGUAGGUAGUGCCUGUCGGUGUGGAUGUGCGCUGCUUGCAGCAGUGCUGUGCUCACGGGGCCAGCUGUUCUCUGUAGACUUGGUGCUUUUCUGAGGAGGAUGGGGAUUUUCACCUCCUGUGGGUUCAGAGGCAAUACCAAGGCCAAGUGGCUUCCGUCCCUGAACAAAGUGUACAGGUGGGGCUCCCUGUGCCAACUUUGUGUGUUUCAGGUGCAUUUAUUGUUAAUCUCAGCUGAUCUGGCAGCAGGGGAUGCCUGACAGUAACCCAUCUUGAGAUUUUUUUUCCUUGACAAAGUUUGAGCAGCAGCAGCUGGUAAACCUGAGUGUGAAGGCAAGGCCCGGCUCCAUCUGCACUUGGCUUGACUUGGAAAAGCUGAGGGAGGCCACGGGCCAGGGGCCGCCUGGGCGGCGACUGGCUGGUGAGGGCAGAGGCCUGCUCAACAGGCUCUGCUUUGGGGCCCACAUGGUCCCCUAGAGGCCUGCACCAUGGCGGUUGUUCACAGGAACCGGAAGGAUUGCUCGCACGGCUCAGCAGCACCUGCAUUGGUUUACGUUUGUCAAGUAGUAUUUUCCUGGAGUACCACAGUUACUUUACAAUUAAAAUCUUUAUUUGGUUUAAGUUAAUUUAUAAGCUCUCUAAUCUAUUGUGAGAGGAACAAGCCUUUGAAAAAAUUUGUUUUAUUUGUAAUUGAAAAUUAAGUCAUAGUUAAGAAAACUUUAGAUGCACAAGACUGUCUAGACUGUUACUUCAGUGUUUUUUCCAUGACCUCAUCGAUGGUGUUGACCGCAUUUUGCCAGAUGUUUGUUGAAGGGAAGGCUGGACUCCACUCUGACUCUGUGUGUGAUGACCUGUAAGUGUCUUCCACAGGGAGAUGGGCAGUGCCUAGGCAAGGAGGUGCCAGGAAGCCACAUUCAAGUGGCGAGGAUUCCUUUUUGGCUUCUGUGUAUCUCUCUAGUGUUGGGAGCUGCGCAUCAGGGGAUGCUUACCGCUCAUACCUGAGCGUUGUUGACACACACCUUGAACGCUUUGGCUCUGGACCCUAGAACUCUGUGCUUUCUGGGUCCCUGCAAUCUGUUGGUUCAUAUUGGCUACUGCAUUGCAGUGAACAUCUGUCACUAUGCAUUUUAACUGUUCUAAGAGAAUUUGAACUGGAUUUCUGGGCAAUUUAUUUUUUUUGCCUGAUUGAUACAGCUGUUUGUGUGCAGAAAUGUGGUUUUCAAUACCAUCUUGAUAAAAGUCCACAAGAAUGUGUCUGUUUUAUGUUGCUUUCUCUGCCAAGGUCUUGCCAGCUGCUGCUGUCAGACAGUGGUUCAGGUUUGGUGGGGUCGUAGCAUGAGAAGCAGAGCGUCCCAAGGUGCAGCACUAGAGGAAGUGGAGGUGAUGGGCUCUCUUGAGAAAGGCUUUUCAUGGCAACCUACAGUUGCAGUUACCCCGAGUGUUAGCUCCAUUUCUCACUCUCAGACGUGAGCAGCUUUUGGUCAGGAGGCUAAUCCACUUGGAGAGAGCUCUCAACUACAGUUUUCUAGAACAGCACAGGGGAACCUUUUUCCUGCCAAGGGCCAUUUGAAUAUUUAUAACAUGAUUCACAGACCAUGUAUAUUAUCAGGUUAAAAAGUAAUCUGUAGAUUACUGGAUUGUAGUCUCCUCUUCAGUUGCCUUGGUGGGGCCAGACCAAGGUUUGGCAGGCCUGAUAUGACCCGCAGGCCAGCCAGAGGUUCCGUGCCUGUGUUGGGGUGAAGGGACUGCUGAAGGAACUGCACUGUGUUUGCUUCCCAUCGCGGAGCCCAUGGCAAGAGAGCAGAGGUUCUGGACUCUGUGAGUUUAGCCGAAAAAUCCUGUUGGCCUUAAACGGCAUGACUUUUUCUGCCUUUGCUCUCAUGCCAAGUACAGUUACACUGGAACAACGGCCUGGGUCAUGUUGCAUAGAGUUAACAUUGCUUCUUCAGGUUCUGCUCCUUGCCUCCUGAGUUGCUGUCCGUCCCUGGCAUCGGUUGGUUUCCACCGUGUACACAGAUGCUCGUGAUGCCAUUAGGACCAGAAGCCAACAUACGAUGCCCAGCUUACCAGAUCUCAAGUGUUUGCACUUCCUCUUCAGACACAGCACUGUGAAAAUGUUCUAUAUGCACAGAACAGGAUUAUUCAUUAAAAAAAGUAACAGACACUUUUAUUAUGCUGUAAAUAAGGGGUCUUCAAAAAAAAAGUUGAUGCAAAAUACAUAAAAUGGAAAAAACUGGCAGUAUAAACAUUUUGAUUUAGUUUUUCCAUAAUCUUUUCAAGGUGCCCUUUUGUACUAAGUCCGUGUAUGAUGAGACUUUUCUUUGAGCAAGAAGAUGGACAUGGCCUUCGGUACCCCCCGAUUUUAGCUGUGAGGUGGGGUCUCUUGUGUUGACAGUUUCUCUGUUAGGAGAAACAGUGUAGGUGUGAUUGCCUGGUCCUGUGCUUCUCGUGUGCUCUCCCUGCGCCCCAGGACUUUUACCCUAAGACUAGUCAUGGUUUAUUUAAGGUCUUACAGGUAGUGACUAGGCUGUGGUGUUGCUUGGUGAUCCAGCACUGCUAGCAUCCCAGCGUACAGGUGCAUGGUACCUACCCUCACCUCCUGUGUCUUCACAGGACAAGGUACUGUUGGUUUUCUUACCUCUUUUUCUUAAGCAAUACUUUGCAGGUAUAUCCUGUUGAAAGCCAAAAGCUUGCUUUUUUUUUUAAAGAGGAAUAAACAAACCCAUCAGGUAAUCUUAAUUAUAGGUAUGCAUAAAAAUAAAUACCUUUAAGAUAUGUGACUGCGGAAAAACAUUUAAAGUCUUCAGCAUGUUAAGUAAAUCUGGAAAAUGAAAUGAAUGGAUUCCUCAAAUAUUUUAGCAAAAAUAGGCCCUAGUGUCAAGUAAUUUUUCUAAAGCAAGGUCGAAGGCUCACUCCUCAGCCCUUCCAGCCACGUCAGGUGCAGUGAAAAGGGUCUAAGGGACUGUAAGAAGGUAGUAAACUGAAAGAUGAAGAACUGAUUUCAGAUACAAGUUUAUCAAGUACCAUUUAUACCUCCUAGAUCUCUCAUGCUUCAGUUAUAAAAGAAUAAAAACCUAAGUAGGUAUACCCUGCAAAUUCCUGUUUGCUGAGACUUAAUACAUUUUUCUGCUUAACAGAAGUGAAAUGCUUAAUGAGGAACCGUUCUGGAAAACAUGGCUUGCGAUCUCUCCUGAGGAGGAAGAGGGGACCAGGUGGCUGGUGCUUGGCUGUGAGUUGGUCUCUGUCCUUGAACUUCAGUGUGACACCCAAGAGCUGUGGCUGGCCCAGAGCUGAGCUGGUUCAGAUGUGCCUGCCAGCCUGGAUCUUCCUGGCCCUCAGCAGCAAGGCUGGAAAGAGUGUAUGUGAGUAUGUGUGGUUUACAGUCUUGAGUAUAUCUGGCUUUACAUGCUCUGCAGUGGUGGAGGUGAGCUGAUCCAUGCAAUUAUAUUUACUUUCAUAGUAAAUGAAAAAUUACUAUUGCGGAUUUGGUGGAAUGGGUUGGUUUAUAUAAUUCAAAUGCAUAAGCAGCCACUCAGUUUGGGAACAUGCCCACUGUUUUAAGUCCAUGUAUGAUGUAAGUCUGCUGCUUGUCUGAAAAUCCCGUAGACUAAAGCAUCUUGAAUGUGCAUGAAGAGCGUUCCGUAGCAUUAACAGAGGAGGGUACUGACUGAAGUUUAUUCUAGUCGGCUCUUGGCUGUAAGUUUGGGUAAGGAAUGGACUUGUCAAACCAUAGGUCAAUUACAAGGAAGGAGACACAGAUCUUGAGGUAGCCAUAGUCUUGGCAGAUGUUUUCUCAGUAACCACAAUACUUGAGCUCAAUUCUGAGCUUUUUAAUACUUAAUAGUUUUCAUUUAUGUAUUGAAAAAUGCCUUGAUCUGAGUUCAUGUAAAUGGUGCUAAAAAUAUUGUGCCCCCUGGAGGAAACACAGUCGUGCAUGGUGAUGUUAGCUCUGAGUGUUUCAGUGGGGAACAAAGCCAAAACGAAUGUUCUCGUGUUCAAAGAUGUUUACACAAAGUAUUUUGAUAUUGCUACCUGCAUUUUAGCAGCUGCAAACUUGCUGGAUUGUGAAUUCGGAGAAGAGAACAGCCCGAUUUUUGGACCUGUGCUCUUGAUGUAACAGUGGUAUUUUUCCUGCCAGGGACAUCUGCCACGGAGGGAGGUGACCGGGUGGCUGGCAGGGAUCCUGGCAGGGCUCCCGUUGGCUUGUUCAGUGCUGUCUCUUCUCUUUACACUGUUAGGUUGUGGAGAAGGAUGUCAGAAUGUCACCGGCUCUGGAAAACAUGGCCCCGAGCCCCAGGGCCGCUUGGGGCCUGGGAUUCCACUUGCAAACGUGACCAGAGGCUUGGGUCUUGGGGAGGAAUUUUCUCUGUCACUCAUUGACUCUAAUCUUCACUGUCAGAGACUGAGAUGUGAAAAUAUCUAAAAAAUAAACUCAGCAGAUAAAAUCCAGAGGCUUGCCUGUGUUGCUGUGGUUAAAGGCCUGACUUUGAAGAGUCAGGCUUUCAAUUUCCCGUACCCUGAGACAGGCCCACGAUGUCACCCUUGCCCCUGAAAGUGGAGAAGUAAGUGAGGGAUUUGGGAGAUGUCAGAGGGAUUUGAAGAACUAGAGAUGAAGUGACACAUGUAUCCAGCCUGAGGACAGUGCUCCAGCAGAAGUAGCGCCCGAUUUUUCUUGGGUCUGGGUUCAGCAGUGGUGCCACUGUCUGCUAACAGGGUGAAUGUGUCACAGUGUCUUCAUCUCCACCCUGCUUAGUCUGGCGCUAGAGAUGGAGCAGACCAGGUGAGGUGCCAGCCCGGCACACACUUAGAGGGAUGAUGCCCUGGGACUGCAGGUGCCAUCCCCCUCAGUCUUGUGUGCAGACUGAGUUCUUUAAGAACUUUAGACUGCCUGUCCUAAGAACCACUUCACAUGGGUUGUGCAUCGGUCAGGUGGAGAAGUUAAAGAUGGAGAGGAUAGGCAUUCCAGAGGUGUCUUGGAGAUAGGAGUGUGAGCCAGCCACGGAGGGGCAGUCAGCAGAGCAUGCUGCUGGGUUGGCACUGGGCAAGCAGAACAGCCACCCCAGGGCAAGCUGCAGCAGCCUGCCUUCGCUGUCUUUUUGGUGUUAAGUACAAAUACCCAUUUCCUCCCACUUGUUUCUCAGAGUUCUGAUCAACUCAGGAUGGUGUUUCAUCCUCCUGCAACCCUGGGAAGUAGAGAAGAAAACAGUUGCAGGUUGGGGUGUUCUGGAACUCCUUAGGAAGAUGUUAAUAACCACCAGAUUGUGGAGAACGCCAGCUACAUUGCCUGUCUGAGAGGAUACUUAAUGUUCUCAGCCGUCUUGCUGUAAACCUGGGCCUCUUCCAUGUUGUUCCUCUGAGUUGCCCUUCCUGCACAUGCCUUUGGGCUGUGUCUUCCUCCCUCAAUUGAGUGUGUACUUGAAACAUGUUGCCAAAUUGCCCUCUACAGUAAUGCCACUGUUGUGCAUUCCCACUGCAGGGUGUGAGUGCGAUUUCCUUAGGCCUUUGCCAGCAUCAGGCUGUGUGUGUGUGUGUGUGUGUGUGUGUGUGUUUCCUUGACUAAAUUUAAGCAUGUUUUCAUUAGUACUAAUGAUUUGUAGGUGGCUCGCUUUCUGGGAGCCAUUUGUUUGUCAGUUGCAUCUUCUCACUGUCUUUGGUUGUAUAUUUUGAAGAAGGUAUUCUGACAGGGUAGGAGCUCAGGAAGGGCUCACAGACCAAGGAGCACUUGGGCAUCUGCUGGGCACUCUGAAUGUUGGCCGAGUAGGUAUGAUCCCAAAGUUGAGGACUCGAGAGACUGGAGAAGGAUUCUUCUAGAAAGCAAAAGAGCUUUAUUAGGGCUGCCACACAUGGGGUUCCAGAGCGAGGGGACAUGUGAUGGCAGAGGUCCUGCAGCAGGUCGCAGACAGGAGCAGUCCUAGGUGUUGGAUUCAGCCAGGGGCGCAGUAGCUGCUUUGACAGCACUCCUACGUGUGUGCCUCGGAGGGAAGCCUCAGGCCUCCAGCUGCUCUCCAGUGACGGCACUGCAGCCUUCUGGGCCCAACUGGCAGCAUCGUGGUGCUACAGUGUCACACGGGUGCCCGUUGGAUCCAGAUAACGAGAGCUGGCCUGGCUUAGUUCAGUUCUCAGAGGGCUUGGCCACGUUCAGUGGUGAGGCGGCUGCUGAGGACACGAGGGCUGAGGGCGCUGCUGGUGUGCAGGCGUCUGAGGACUGGAGCAUGGUCAGGAGAGCAGGGAGGGACCAGCUUGCUGGCUCCGGGCCAGGCGUGCGUCCCCUCCUGGGGACGUGAAGCCACACUGGCUGGGGCUCAGCUGCUGUCCUUCCAGAUGACUGUUACAGAGUCAUUGUGCAUCUGUGACCAGUCAACUGCAAAGCCCAACUCCAGGGAGGCAGCCACAAGGAACUGUGUCCAGGCAACUCCUCUACCCUUGGGCACUUGACCGAGCCACUCUGCGGCACUAGAACUUGUGCUCAUCCUCACUGCCACAGGCCCUUCUAGUUCAGAAGCUGGCAAAUUCCACUCAUUGCUAACUGCUGGCCGUCCCUCCAUGGGUGGAGUCGGAGGAGGGAACAGGGAGCUCCCCCUUCCUGGGUCUGGCUGUGGCUCAGUUCUGGUCUUCACCCAUAGAUUCUUUCAGGGAACCUUUUGGGGGGCCCACACCUCUUAUCCCCCAUUCAGGGGCUCUCCUCAGUGCCCCCGAUGGGCUGUCACACUCGGACCCACCACCUUAGCAGUGCUCCCUCUGGCUGCUUUCUGCCAAGCCCUGUUCACUCCCUUCGUUGUGCUGCACAUGCUGAAGACAGCCCCAGGCCAGCUCGUGGAAAGAUCACGCGCCCCCUGCUGGGUCAGGCCAGGAAGUACCAGCCGCUGCAGCAUCCUGUCCUUCAGUCUGACUUAGGAGGUGAGUCAGCCCAGGUCCCUUUCAGGCUUUCCGGGUGUCUACUGAGGAGUGCUCUCAGGUGGCCAUUGUCAGAGGACCUGCCCAUCUCCCACCAGUGACACAUCCAUGCACAUACCGAUCCCUUCCCCCGAGUGGGACUUGGUGGAGUUUUCUACCCUUGAAAUGUCUACCGUUGGCCCUUGUUAUUGGGUGAUCAAGAAGCUGUGACCUCUGGAACUGGUGGCAGGGCACAGCCUGAGUCAGUUUUACAUUGCUGCUUCUUGUUGGCCAGGCUCUUGUGUGGCGUGCGUGGCUCAGACAUAGCCUAGUGCACAGCUGUGGGUGUGCUGGACCGGCCUUGCAGCUAGCCAGUGCCCAGAGAGGAAGGCCCAUCAGGCUGUUCUGGACCCAUCUCUCUGCUGCACAUGCCAGGGGGCUGACCAGGCUGCCGAGCACAGGUGAAGAUUAUGCUCGCAGGGAUCCUUGGGGCCUGGGAGCUUGGGCAGCAUCCAGACCUGGGGUAAUCAGUGAGGAGCUGUGCUGCGGGGGCUAAAGGGUGCAGGAGUGAGGCCAGCUGGGGGAGGAAGUGUGCAGAGUGUGUGGGCUCCAGGCCACAGCUCCUGCGAGAACUCUGAGGAGUUACGGAGGACAUGCUGCUAUGAAGCCAGACUAACGAGUCAGUACAUGUACUUGAACAGGAAACGGGGAGCAGGUAGAACUAGAUUCCCAACCAAGGUGAAAGGGGCUGGACCUGAGGACCUUUUAGAUGCCCUUUCAGAGGGGGUGGCUUUGAAGAGCACAGCGGAGUGAUGGCAGGGAAGGGGAAGGCUGUGGUAUCCUGCAGAAAGGCUGUCAGAUGGGGGCCAGGGCAGGACAAAUGGGGGAGGAAGCACAUUUUAACCCUGGGCCCUUGGCAGGCCUUGAGGAUGAGAGCAGGUGGGAGGGGGCUGGGCCUAGGGUAUAGUGCAGACUCUGCACAUAAGGAUUACAUUUGUUAGUUCUAUUUCAGUCUUUGGAUUCAAAGGCUUCUGAACCCAAGCUAAGGUCAGCCUUUUGUUUCAUAUAAGCGCUUGUCCUUUUUCUCUCUUAGGAGGACAGGUCAGAGUGCUUCCAGGGCGACUUGGCCCCUCUGUCUUCUUGAGCUGCCCCUGAGCCCUUUCUGUACAUCUUGCUGCUGCAGGCGUUAGCAGAGACAUCCUGCUCCUCAGGGUAGGAGGCUGGCCUGGCGGCCCCAGCGGGCAGAGCCAGGGCCCAUCGCUCCCAGCGCAUCACUGCUGAGCAUUGAGAGUAUCAUUGGCCUGUAAAACCAGCAUGGCGUUCACCAGCCUGUGUUGUCUAGUCAGAAACCCAGGGCUUCUUGGGGGACAGAGUUAGAACUCCACAUUGAUGGCAGCCUGCCUUUUAUUCUGGCCUGGCCUUCAGCAGUAUCCAGAAGGGACACAUAGAGGGCGUGAUGUUCCUGCUGCAGAAGCUCUCCAUGAUGGUCUGAGGGGCUGCGGAGGGCAUGGAGGGGAGACAGCACAAAGUGGCAUGACCAGGCUGAACUGGACCCCACUGGCAUGGGGGUGCCAACAGUUGGUUCCCUGGAGAGAUUCUUUGAGGGACAAUGUGGGAGGGGUGCUGAGUGUCCCUCGUGGCGGUGUCACGCCCUUCCUGCCACGGGUCAGCGCAUGAGGCUCGGGGCUUUGCAGCUGGCCGUCGUCACGUUGCAGCUUGGAGGGAGAUGGGCACUGUGGGCUGGUUAGGAUCGGAGUGUCUCCUGUGAAGGUUUGUGCUGUGGCGGCUUGGUGCUCAGUGUGGUGGCGCCUUUGGCAGGGGAAGCUGAGGUGUUAAUGUCAGUCCUGUGGAGUGAUUGAGUUCUAGAUGGGGGAGAGGUGUGAGGCGUGCCCCUGCCCACUCCCUGAAGUCCCAUCUCACCAGGUGUUCUCUUGAUGCCAUCCACCAUGCUGUGCCACAGCCCAAGGGCAGGGGGCCUUACCAUAGGCUGAAGCAACUCCAAGCUGUGAGCUAACUACACCUCUUGGAUUUAACUGUAGUGCAGAGUAUGCAGCUUCAGCUUUUUGG